GGUUCUGAGGAGAACAUAAUGGUGACUAUGGAACUGGGCUCCCCCCUACUCCCCAAGAAGAGCCUGCCUGUCCCUGGGCCCCUGGAGCAGGUGGCCAGUCGGCUGAGCAGCAAAGUGGCUGUAGAGGUUCCCCAUGGCAGCAAGCAGGAGCUGCCAGACCUCAAGGCCCAGAGCCUGACCACCUGCGAGGUGUGUGGUGCCUGCUUCGAAACGCGCAAGGGCCUGUCGAGCCAUGCACGCUCCCACCUGCGCCAGUUGGGGGUGGCCGAGUCGGAGAGCAGCGGCGCCCCUAUUGACCUUCUCUACGAGCUCGUCAAGCAAAAGGGCCUCCCCGACGCACCUCUAGGGCUCCCCCCAGGCCUGACCAAGAAGUCCAGCUCACCGAAAGAAGUGGUCACUGGAGCCCCACGGCCUGGCCUGCUUGCUCUGGCCAAGCCCCUAGAAACCCCCGCUGUCAACAAGGCCAUCAAGUCACCGCCUGGCUUCUUGUCCAAGGGCCUCUCCCACUCCCCCAGUGCCCCACUCCUCAAGAAGACACCACUGGCCCUGGCGGGCUCCCCAGCCCCGAAGAACCCUGAAGACAAGAGCCCCCAUCUGUCACUGAGCCCCCGGCCGGCCUCCCCAAAGGCACAGUGGCCCCAGUCGGAGGAUGAGGGGCCCCUGAACCUCACUUUAGAUAGUGACGGGGGCCGAGAGCUGGACUGCCAGCUGUGCGGUGCCUGGUUUGAGACCCGCAAGGGCCUGUCCAGCCACGCCCGCGCCCAUCUGCGCCACCUGGGCGUCAGCGACCCGGACGCCAAGGGAUCCCCCAUAGACGUGCUCCACGGGCUCAUCCGGAGGGACGGCGUCCACCUCCGCCUCCCACCAGGGCGCGGCGCCCUGGCCCAGCCUGGGCGGCCUCCUCCCACCUCCGCAGCCCUCUCUUUGCUUCCCCCCCCACCGCCGGCCAAGAGGGCCAAGCUGAAGGCCAUGGGUGCGGCCGGCCCCUGGGGGAAGCAGGACCUCUCAGCUGCCGCCACUGCUGGCAUUUUCUGGGCCUCUGAUGUGGAGACGGCUCCUCUCAACCUCUCCUCAGGCCCCGAGCCGACCAGAGACAUCCGCUGUGAGUUCUGUGGCGAGUUCUUCGAAAAUCGCAAGGGCCUGUCAAGCCACGCACGCUCCCACUUGCGACAGAUGGGCGUGACCGAGUGGUACGUCAAUGGGUCACCCAUCGACACACUGCGGGAGAUCCUCAAGAGACAGCAGGUCCACUCCCGGCCCGGCGGACCCCCAAAUCCAUCAGGCCCCGGUCCCAAGGCCCUGGCCAAGAUUGUGGGUGGUCCAGGGAGCUCACUGGAAGCUCGCAGCCAUGCCGAUCUGCACCUCUCACCCCUGGCCAAGAAGUUACCACCACCACCAGGCAGUCCCUUGGGCCAUUCACCAACAGCCUCUCCACCCCCAACGGCCCGGAAGAUGUUCUCAGGCCUGCCUUCCUCCCUGCCCAAGAAGCUGAAGCCUGAGCAAAUGCGGGUGGAGAUCAAGCGGGAGAUGCUGCCGGGGGCCCUUCACGGGGAGUCGCACCCGUCCGAGGGGCCCUGGGCGGUGUCUCGGGAAGACUUGACCCCACUGAAUCUGUCAUCCCGGGCCGAGCCAACACGUGACAUCCGCUGCGAGUUCUGUGGCGAGUUCUUCGAGAACCGCAAGGGCCUGUCGAGUCACGCGCGCUCCCACCUGAGGCAGAUGGGUGUGACCGAGUGGUCCGUCAAUGGCUCUCCCAUCGACACGCUGAGGGAGAUUCUCAAGAAGAAGUCCAAGCCGUGUCUUAUCAAGAAGGAACCCCCUGCUGGCGACCUGGCCCCAGCCCUGACCGAGGAGGGGCCUCCCACCGCCCCUGGGUCGCUGCAAGCCCCUCUGCCACUGGCGCCCCUGGUGGGUCGACCUGGCAAACCGGGAGUGGGGCCUGCCCAGAUCCCACGGGAGCUCAGUCUGACACCUAUCACAGGAACCAAGUCCUCAGCCACUGGCUACUUGAGUACUGUGGCAGCCAAGCGGCUGUUGCAAGAAGACCGCCUCCUCCCCUCAGAGGUCAAGGCCAAGACCUACAUCCAGACUGAACUGCCCUUCAAGGCCAAGACCCUCCAUGAGAAGACCUCCCACUCCUCCACCGAGGCCUGCUGUGAGCUGUGUGGUCUCUAUUUCGAAAACCGCAAAGCUCUGGCCAGCCAUGCACGGGCUCACCUGCGACAGUUCGGCGUGACCGAGUGGUGUGUCAACGGCUCGCCCAUCGAGACACUAAGCGAGUGGAUCAAACACCGGCCCCAGAAAGUGGGCGCCUACCGCAGCUACAUCCAAGGUGGCCGUCCUUUCACCAAGAAGUUCCGCAGCGCAGGCCAUGGCCGCGACAGUGACAAGCGACUGGCCCUUGGGCUGGCACCUGGUGGCUUAGCUAUGGUCGGCCGCAGCACUGGGGGUGAGCCGGGUCUUGAAGCCGGCCGAGCGGCCGAUGGCGGGGAGAGGCCUCUGGCAACCAGCCCACCAGGCCUGGUGAAGGCAGAGGAGCACCAGCGGCAGAACAUCAAUAAAUUUGAACGCCGACAAGCCCGCCCACCAGACACAGCCUCAGCCCGGGGUGGCGAGGAAGCCAGUGACCUGCAGCAGAAGUUGGAGGAGGCCCGGCAGCCCCCUCCCAGGGUCCGACCCGUGCCCUCCCUGGUGCCCCGACCCCCCCAGACCUCACUUGUCAAGUUCGUUGGCAAUAUCUACACUCUCAAGUGCAGGUUCUGUGAGGUGGAAUUCCAGGGCCCCCUCUCCAUCCAGGAGGAGUGGGUGCGGCACUUACAGCGACACAUCCUAGAGAUGAAUUUCUCCAAAGCGGACCCCCCGCCCGAGGAGCCCCAGGCCCCACAGGCACAGACAGCAGUGACAGAGGCACCCUAACACAGAAGCAUUCCAUGUUCCCCUCUCGUGCCACCUGUCUCCUUUUCCUCCUCUGUGUUCACCUCUUCUUCCUUCCUCUUUUCCGUUUCCAAAGGAGCAAGCCAAAACCUCAAGCCGGCACCCCCGGGGGCCGGGCACACUACAGCUGGGGUGCUGGGAGCCAGCUAGCUGCCCUUCCCCCAGCCUGAGGACUCUGGGGCCACAGGGUGUCUUCCUGCAACCCAUGCCCACCUGGUCAAGCAGGGGCAGCAGCCAGGUCCGGUGCCAGCUGACCCGGUCAUGGGACACUGUUCCCUUGUGCCCAACAGCCAGGCAAGACUGUGUCUUUCACCCAUGGCCAUUUGCAAAGACCCCAAAGACCCCUGUUC